AUGGACGUCCAAACGAGCUCCCCGCACUCUGCUUACUUUUCACUGGAUGAUGCUUUGGAGACAGUCAGUCAGGACUUAGUGUACGACCCGACUACAAAGCAACUGUGCAUUAGGUCGCAGCUGCCAAUAACUCAAAACAGUAGGCAGCAUUUGCAUCACAAGAAGAAUGCCGACCUAUGUGAUUCGGGUUCGAAUAAACUGCCACUCAAAACAGUCUUUAACGACUGUGACUCAGGAUAUGGCGGUCUUUCAUCGGAGUCCAGCACUGAAAAUGGCUCACAAAAGUCGGAAACGUCGGGUCCUAAUGAAAACGUGGACGAUUUAGACCUGUCUAUUGACUCUACCUGCUCAACAAGCAGAACGGUCAAAUCGAAACUGCAAUUCAUUCAAAAUGUGCUCAAUAAGAUAACGGACAAUGUGACCAGCAGUGGCAUCAGCAGCAGUGACUCUAACAGUGCUGAAAACAAUGCGACCAAUCAAGAGGACAGUAUUAUCGAGACAAUCAUUGAUGACAGGGCACUUUGUCUAGGAAAGAGGCCGCCUUACUUGCCACCAAAGAGCGACGAUGAACAGCGACGACACCAGGCAGAGUUCAAUGAGAUACUGAAGCAGGCGAAGAAGCGAGAGCUGAAGGAGAGCAAACUGAAGAGGCGCAUUCUCUCGAAGCAGAUCCGACAAGAGGAGGAGAUAAGCGGCGCCAUUCGUUGCUGGACCAACGACAUUCUCCCCGGCUGGCCCUCCUCCCGGGCGCUCAAGCGAACUCGUGACCUCUGGUGGAGUGGCAUUCCCUCUCCGGUGAGGCCCAGAGUGUGGAGUAUGGCCAUCGGCAAUGAGCUGAAGAUUACCGAUGAGCUCUUUCGCAUCUGCGUUGAACGGUCGAAGGAGCGCAUCUGGACAAAACAGUUUCUCUGCCGUCGCUCAUCCAAUCCCUAUCCCUCCUCGGCCGUGCCUAGUGAUAGUGCCCUGAAGCACCACCGUCGGGUGUCCUCUCAGCCCAUUCAUACCGUCCACCAAGUGCGAUCGAAGUCCACUAGUCGGGAUGUUGAUGCACUGGGCAAGCAGCUGCAGAGUGAUUGCCAGCUGAGCAAUGACAAAUCAGCCAACUGUGCCAAAUCGAGUACCUCCGUGGAGGAGGAGGAGGAGGAGGAGGAAGAGGAGGACGAAGAGGACAAGAACGAGUCACUCGCCUACCUGAUCAAGCUGGACGUCUCUCGAACCUUUCCCCAGCUGGGACUGUUCCAGGAGAGCGGUCCCCUGCACCAGUCUCUCAGUGACAUUCUGGCGGCCUACGCUGUCUUUCGGCCCGACACCAGCUACUGCCAGGGCAUGUCAUUCCUGGCGGCCAUGCUCCUGCUGAACCUCGACUCGCCUUCUGACGCUUUCACCGCCUUCGCCAACCUGCUCAACAGUGAACUGCUGCUGGCCUUCUACCGACUGGUGCCGGAGCGCAUCGCCGCGGUGUACGCCUUCUACGACCGCCAGCUGCAGGCACUCCUACCGCGCCUGGCCACUCACCUGCAGGCCAUCGGCCUCACCACUGACCUCUUCUUCGUCGACCAAAUAUACACGCUCUUCUCGCGCUGUCUGCCCCUCGAGGUCGCCUGUCGCGCCUGGGACCUGUACCUGCGAGACGGCGAUGAGUUCAUCUUUCGGGCCUCACUCGCCCUCCUCGCAAUGUACGAGCCGGUGCUGCUGGAGUUGGAGUGCGCCGAAGCGGCCCAGCUGCUUGCCCACCUCCCUGAGGACAUGAACUCGGAGAAGUACUUCAGCACCAUUGCAACACUGAAGCUGGUGCCGCCCAGGCUGUGGCACCACUCACUAGAGAGCAGGCCGGAAAAGGGUAGCGAGUCGGCGAAUAUGACUCUGGUAAAGAAACUGUUCCCAUUUUGA